AUGAUGAAAGAUUGCGCCGACUCGAGAAAUCAGCGUCUGAUCGACAACCUUGCCGCCAGCAACAUUACGCCGAGAUUGAGAGGUCUAGUCAACAUAGUCACCAGUCGGCACUAUCAUUGUUGGAAUCAGCGACAGUAUGAUCAAGGGCCACGGACACUGUUUGAGUGUUUGGCUGCGGAAAACGAAUGGAAUCCCCGCUAUUUCGGUGUGUUCAAUCCGUCGACCUCCGAACACGCGCGCUACAUUUCCAACCAGUUGGAGUUUCUUGUCAGAGAGAUCGAUUCGAUCUACGAUCAAACAAACUCGUUGAUGCUUGGCGCUUGUGUGUAUCGACUUAGCUCGGAA